UGGGCAGCUCUUCAUUGAUAGAGGAACCACCGAAAGGAAUAUAACACACUUGUUUUCUAACCCAAAACCCCACCACAUCUCUGUCGCUUUCUCAAUCUUUUCUCUUUUCUCUAUCUUUUCUCUUUUCUCUUUAUCAAACUAGACGAAAAGAUUUUAACUCCAUUUAUGAGUGAUAGCAAGAAAGGCAAAGAGGAAAAGUAGAAGCAGCUAAAUAUGGAUUGUUUUGGAGGAAAGAAAAAAAGCAGCAACCACUGUGAGAAGGAUCUUAGAGGGUUAACGGAGAAGGUAAGGCUUCUCCAAGAGGAUAUCAAAGCUAUAAUGUAUGAAAGAGAGAAAGAGAGUAGAGCUUAUGAGAGAGACAUGAUGGUUUUUGCAUUUAAAGAAGCCGAAUGGAAGCAAGAGAGGAAGAGGCUUAAAGAGGAAGUGAAGAGAUUGAGAAAGAUGUUGGAAGAGAAGGAAGUGAGAAUUAGAGAAACGGAAGAUGGGUUGGUGGGGGAGAAAAGCGAGAAAAAUUGGCCAUUUUCAAGGUUGGCUUCUACCUUCUUGGUUGAGCAAAUGAGGGAGGAGAGAGUGCGGAGAGAUGAGGCUGUUGAUAAGUGGAAGAAGCUGUAUCUUGCUAUCAAGACUGAGCUUGAUGAUCUCAUUCGGAAGACUCAUCGUGGGGAUGGACUGUAUUGGAAGGCAGAGGAAGAGGACAUGAUUGAAGAGCUAAAGAUGGAAGUGAAAGCCAAGGAGGAAAUCAUUGAAGAGCUGAAAGCAAGAAUAGCUUUAGUGGAGCAUGAAGAGUACAAAAGGGCAAGAGAGGUUGAUAUACUGAGGCAGAGCUUGAGAAUCAUGAGCAGUAUGAAUGCACCAUGCUUUGAUCUUAGCAAACCCAAGUUGACAAUUGUGAAACAGGCUAGCAAAGCGUAGCAUUUUAAGUAAAGUUCCACUUUCUGGCAGAUUGUAUGGCUAUUAAAAUUCAAUGAAACAAAAACUCCAACUUCGCAUUGCUCUAA